AUGACAUGGAUGGUCAAAACAUGCCCUUGCUGGCGAUGGAAGCCAUCACCGUCACUCCCACGUGACCGCCGCCCGCCCGAGGAUGGCGUCCCGGGUGCCCCACACGGUCCGCUGGGGAUCACAUCCACUGGACUGACCGACCUUGACUACCUAGGUACUCACUCGGUGCACUCUUCCAGAGCCGAACCACUUUUUGACUACAGGGACAGGUGCACAUCGCCCGGCCGUCAAUAUCGCACUCCCAACACGUCAAUUCGCCGGGUAGGUCAUAGAACCGAACACUUCUGUUCGUUCACCAGUCAUCAAUUCUUCUGUUCCGGCCCAAUGGCAUCGAUCAACGACCUGGCUACGGCCGCCAUAGCGACUUCGGCCGCCGCCGGCAGCGGACCGGCCGGGGAGGACCAGCCCCCCGUCGCCACGCCGCCCGCCGGCGUCAUCCGCGGCGCCUUCGUCGUACUCGAAGGUCUAGACCGGAGCGGCAAGACGACGCAGGUGAAGUUGCUCGAGCAGCGGUUCGUCGAGCUGGGGAAGAAGGUCAAGGUCAUGCGCUUUCCGGACAGAACAACGCCCAUUGGCCAAAUGAUUGACGCCUACCUCAAGAGCUCGGUCGAGAUGGAAGACCACGUCAUCCACCUGCUCUUCAGCGCCAACAGAUGGGAAGCAGUCAAAAACAUCCAAGCUCUACUCGCCUCCGGCACGACGGUCAUCUGCGACAGGUACUACCACUCGGGCAUCGUCUACUCGGCGGCCAAGCAGAACCCGCGCCUGACCCUGCACUGGGCGCGCCAGCCCGAGCUCGGCCUGCCGCGGCCCGACCUCGUGCUCUUCCUCGACCUCGAGGAGGCCGUCGCCCGCGAGCGCGGCGGCUGGGGCGGCGAGGUGUACGAAAAGGCCGAGUUCCAGCGCCGCGUGCGCGAGCUGUUCUGGGGCCUGAGCCUGGGCCGCGUCGGUCCGGACGGCGGGCUGGGCGACGAGGGGCGCGUCGACCGCGAGUUCCGGCAGGAGGAGGAGGAUUUGGUCGUCGUCGACGCGGGCGCGAGCGUCGAGGAGGUCGCCGAGGAGAUCUGGAGAAAGGUCGGGCCGAGGGUCGAGGGCGUCGAGAAGGGCGAGGUCGGCAGUGCUGUGAGGGUUGUGUCGUGA